AUGAGAGUGAGCCACCACUCAAACGACACAAAAAUCUUUGAAUUCUACACUAUCCGCAAUUUCGUAGGUGGACGUGGUGUUCAGAUUUAUCGUGACUCCGUUCUGACGUCUCAGACGUCACUAUCGAGUUCAACUCCACCUAGCCCAAGUGCAAACGCUGUUCAAAGUUGGUCCGAUGAUGCACAAUACAUUUCAUCUUCGACUACAAGUGAAACGGUUUGGAUAAUCGGUUUUCUUUUUGUACCAAAAACUGCAACAUUUACAUUUACUUUACAAACGAAUGGAAGUAGCGCUCUAUUUUUAAGUACAAAUGACACACGAGCAAAUCAGGUUAAAAUAGCUGAUUCUAGUAGUCUUGAGUCAAGUGCGAUUAUAUUACAAAACAAUACUAACUAUUACUUCCAAGCUAUUGGUUCACGUUCAGGAGGUGGACUUCAGUUAUCAGUUCAAGCACGAAUGCAUGAAACACUCUUAACCGGAACAACAUCAAGUCUAGUUCAAAAUGAAAUACAAAAUAUUAAUGUUUCAGCAAGUGUUACACCUGCACAUCAGGUUAGACUACAGAAACAUUUGAGAAUUCAUACAUAG